GAGUGAUUGUGGAGGGGGGGGUCUCGUGGAAUCGAGUUUCUUCCCAUCGAUUCUCGAUACGCUAACCUUACUUGUUAGUUGUUACUACUCCGUCGGGAUGGCGUUUACCUUUAACGGCUUGACGACACAACUGUUGGAAAAACUGAGCGAUGGGAACUUGCCAACAGAUAAGAAGUUGGAGUUGUGUAAAAUUGUUUUUACCUCUCCAUCAAUACCAAUAUUGCAGAAGGAGGAUUGCAUCCUGGAUUAUCUGUCAGUCGUACUUAAAAGUGAGAAUGUCAAUGGCGAUGAGAGGAUUUGUUAUUUUGAAUGUCUCAAAGAUUGCCUCUCUAGUGGGAGGAUGAAAGAUUUCAGAGGUAGUUUGAGACCUGGUGUGGUCGAUGGUGUCCUUCAGGUUAUUGGGAAUUUUCGAGAACAUGAGGAAUUCAAAAUCGCUAGCGAGUGUAUCAUUAAUUUAUUAAGCACACCAUAUUUUCAAAGGUGGCUGCGCUGUGAUGUUUCCGGCCUUUGUAAAUUGUUGGGUUCCUUCUUUAAUAAAGUUACCGCUACUUCCUACUUAGAGUGUAUAAAAGUACUAUCUCUAUGCCUUAAUAUCCAUCGUAUAACAUUACUGAGAGAUGACUUCAGAGAACACUUCAUAAAUGAAACAUAUUUCUCCCUUGCUUACGCAUAUUCUAUUGUCAAAGAUGAUGAGUACAAUUCAUUCAGAUCAAAAGCUGUCAGCUGUAUUAUUAAGAUCCUUUUGUGCGAUAAGAGUUUCAUUGGCGACUUUAUAACAAUUAUGCAAUUGCAUAAAUCAGAUGAACUGAACCAAGAUGAGGCUAAAGAUAUCAAAGCUUUUUGUAAUAAAAUGAAGAAACUUCCUAGUAAUUGUAAUGUAGAUGUCGUGUCAGCUUCUUUAACAUUAUUUCUUUAUGCAGUAGCGCAGAAUGAUGUAAAACAAGAAAAUUCAAAGCAAGUAUUUAAGGUUUUUAUGGCUCUGUGUAAAGUGCUUGGAAUCCGCGUUGAUAGAAUAGUUUCAAUUUCGAUCAGUCCUAUCAAAAAGUGGACACACGAAGAAUCUUUCGAAGUCAUUGGAAACAUGAUAGAUGUGUUAUCUGAAUCCAACCUUCCUCUGUGUAUUGAUUUUCAACUAUUCACAUCACAGACAUGGAUGGUCAGCUUGGUCAUUGGCAUGACCAAUAUCAAUUUGUCCAAUUUAACGCCACAGUUAUUAAAAAUGGUUAAGAAAGCUUUUCAUUUUAAUAACCUAAUCAUUGAACCUUGUCUUAGAGUCAUAAGCAAUAUUGUGUUGCGUAAUAAAACUGACUUAGUGAAGCCUCAUUACGUAGACUUAAUGAAAACUGUAUUUGAAGGAGCAUCAAAAGCACAAAGGUUCCAAAAAAUCAUUACUCUCUUUUUGGCUCAAAUCAGAGACGUUUUAAUCGCAUUUUCUCAAACACUUGACAUAGAAGAUAUUUUCCCAAAAGAAGUCGCAAAAGCAUUUUCGAACACGAUUCUUACUCUUGCCCACUCGCAAGUCUUGGUUAUUAUGAAAUCCUUCCUUUUUCAUCUGGAGCAUGAUUGUUUAAACUUUAUUCAGAGUGGAUGCAUAGAUUCUACAGUUGUAACUAAUACUGAAAUAAUUUGUACAAUGAUUAAUCAGCUAUUUAAAGUGGUGAAAAUAGCAGAUCACAAUACACCUGAUGUCGUAAAAGCUAAGUUUAACAAUUUGUUGGAUGACCUUAAAACUCAACUGCAAAAAUUUGGUGAAAUUUUCACAUGUUGCCAUCAUGAUAAUUUGAUUAAAGCUUACUUAAGUAUAUGCCAUUCUUACGGUGCAAUGAAACUCAUGAUUGAAGAGUAUGAGGGCUGCCCAUUAAAAAAAUUAACAAGCAACGAUUUAAAUCCAACAAACCUGUGUUUUGUACAUCCGUAUUUAGAUCCCAGUGCUUGGAACAUAAUUGUUACAAAGAUAGUAGAACAUGAUGGCUGUUUAGCUACACCAGAAUUGUACAAACUGUUAAUCCAAAAAAUAGAAGCUGUGUCACAAAUUGAAGAAGGGUGUGAAGGACCUGGAACCCAGGCUUCCAGGUUGGUCCUUGAAAUAGCUGAAAAUUCUUGGCUGUGGGAUGAACUGAUCGGACUUUCAGGGCUUUUUGAAGCGAAAGAGCUUUUACGGUUAAUUCGUAGGUUGGUGCAUGAAUGUGGAAACGAUCAGUCAAAAUGGAAAACAAUUGUUUCUAACGAGUUGUUCAAAGAAGACAGGAGAUUAGUUCUAGCUACAGCGAUUAGGCUUUUGUACAAAGCCUCAAAAAUUAUGAAUCAUUCAGAUGGUACAGUUUCCUUUGAUGUAACAGCUUAUGUACCAGAUGAAACACUUUUAGAAUAUGAACUAGCGCUUCUAAUAACUGAUGAUGUCGAACUAGAAGAAGAGAUUGUUAACAGUAUUACUGCAAUGGUUUCAACAUUGGAGCAAGCGCUUCUUACAGAACAGCCAAAAGUUCUUCCUAGCAAUAUCCCUCAUAUAAGUUUUUUUGAGGUUCUUGAGCAACUUCCAUUGCAUUGUAUGUCAGUACUUAGUCAAAGCUGUAUUUUCCACUCCGUUCUCGCAUUGCUCUAUGAUUUACCACCAAAUCAAGAUGUGGAUAAUAUCCUAUUUGAUAUUCUUUUAAGACUUAUUGUCGCUUCCAAAAAGUGUGGGUCUAAACUUUUAGGAGGCCUCGAUGUUGGUGUUUUGUUUAUUUUUGUAGUCGACAGAUCAAAGGAGUAUCCUAUGAAAACAGAACUACUGCAGAAGAUCUGCAGCCUUUCUCUUAUGGAAAAACCAACUGCUAAACAAUUGCUCAAUCGUGUUUGUGAACCUUCAAAAGACGAUCUUUGGUUGACAACAAUGGUCAUUCAGUCGCUUAUGCAGAAACAAAAGAAACAAAUAAGUAGUGAUGAUGAAAACAACAGAUCAAAACCUCUCAAUAGGGAGAAAUGUAUUUCUAGACUGGUUUCCCUCUGUAUUCCAAUUUUGGAGAAUGAAGAACCACAUACUAAUUUACUGAAUGGUUAUACAACAGUUUUAAAAUGGAUCCUUUCAAAAGAAGAAACUCAACAGUUAAAACCAUUAGUGCCUAAACUUGAUAAAUACGUAGAAAUUGCUAUGGCAAAUUACAAAUUGGGAGUUCAAUUGAUAAGCACAUUAAUUACAUAUAGAAGUGAUGUUGGUAAUUUUUUGCCAAGCAAUAUUCUAACUGAGACAUGGAACCAUUUUCUGUUUAUAUCCGAAGAACAGCCGGAUGAAAAUUUAAUACAUCUCCUUUUGACAAAAUCCACAAUUGAUGAAUAUGAGAAACUAAUGUCUCUCCUAUCUCAAGGAAUUGAAAUGCAGGUUGGAGAUAAGUGCAACGAGAAAAUAUUGAACAAAACCAUUACUAUCAUGAACCACGUAGUCACUUGUGGAUUAGAAAAAUCUGAAAAAUCGCGCCAACGGGAAAAUAUCAUUUUACAAUUGGUUAAACCAUUUAUUGAAAUCAUUGCAUUAUGGCCAUCUAAAGGCCUUGGAGUUGAAGCCAUUUUAGAAUUUUUCACCAAUUUGGCUCCAUCCACAUACAUUGUUUUAAGACCGGCCAUUUUAGAUUUGGAUUUAUUAGCACUCAGUUCAGUACCGUUACCGAGUGAAGAUAAAAGUACUCUUCUUAAAAAUUUAAUACUGGCUGUUAAAGCCCUUUUUGCGUUGUACCUGUUCAGAACGAGCCUUAUGUUGGAUCGAAUUCCCAUCCUGCUACAAAGAUACAGACAAUAUUUGGAAGCCCUGGCUCCUUGUGGACAUCCAAAUAAUAGCACCAACAUUAUUCUUGAAGCAACUGAUUGUGCUGACAAACUAGAAAGGUUUGCUAAAACAAUGGCCAAAAGGCAAAGGGAUUUUACAAGAAUAGCUCCUUAUAUGGUUGCAGAUUUGAUCAAUAUAUUUGAAAGGCAUCAGUUGCAUGUUGAUGUUAAGCUGGUGUACACCAAUAUCGCCAAUGUCUUUUUAAAUCUGUGUGAUAGUCAUGGAAUAACUUACCUUAAAGCUGUUUCAUCGCCUGCAUUGUUUAAUACAAUAUAUGAUAACUACAAGAAAUAUUAUAGAUAUGUUGGAAAAAUUUAAUUGUAUAUUUUUUAAAUUAGUUUAACAUUCUGUUUAAUUUGUUUAUUGGUUUCUGUAUAUAAUUUUUUCUUUUUAUAAAGAUACAUGAUUGAAAAUACACCAUGUUGACAAAGCUUAA